AUGGUCCUCAAUACAGCCACGGUAUCUCUGGCGGUGACGCCGACAAUCGUCUCGACACUGCUGUCUCAUUAUCUCAAGCGGAAGCCGUUGAGACAACGGCCAACAGCACACCUAUCCUACGAUGAAGGACUCCAUCUGAUACGGUCUUUCCUGGUGUACGCAUCCCACCACACGGUCGAGGAGGUGCAAGCCUUUACGGCCCAAUGGGUGCCACAUCCACAAUGGGUUCGCGUCGAAGAAGUCACCGUGCCCGAUGACCAGCUGUUGCACGCGGCCACCUUUCUGGAGGAACAACUCGGCCCAGACGGCAUCCGGAAAGUCGGCGGGCGGCAGUGGUGGCAGUGGCGGAAGCCGCUCAGCCCGCUGCGGGCAGAAUGGAUCGAGAUGCGUGCCGACUACAGCGAGCGCAAGAAGCAAGCUGUGCCGCUGAACCGCGUCAUGUUCUACGUCCAUGGCGGUGCUUACUUCUUUGGCAGCGUCGACGAGCACCGGUACCAGAUGCAGCGACAUGCCCGCAAGCUCAAGGCCCGCGUGUUUGCGCCUCGUUAUCGUCUGGCGCCCCAGUUUCCCUUUCCUUGCGGCCUGCAGGAUUGUCUUGCUGCGUAUCUGCAUCUGCUCACCCUGCAGGAUCCUAGCACCAUCAUCAUGGCUGGCGACUCUGCCGGUGGAGGCAUGGUUCUCUCGCUACUCGUAAUCAUGCGUGACCGCGGUAUUCCGCUGCCGGCUGGCGCUGUGCUGAUCAGUCCUUGGGUUGACCUGACGCACUCGUUCCCCAGCGUCGCCGAAGAUUGCCCUCUUGACUACAUCCCUCCGUACGGGUUCCACCAGAAGCCGUCGAUGUCUUGGCCGCCGCCGACGGAAGCCGACUUGGUGGAGAUGGAUCGGCUGAGCGGCAAGGCCUCGGGGAAAGCGAGCGAUCAAGAAACCCCAGCCGACUUCCAGGUCAACCGUCUGACUUGCAUGGUUGACGGAAAGGAGGUCCACAUCAACGAGCAGAUACAGAUGUACACGACCAACGAGCUGCUGGCGCAUCCUCUUGUCAGCCCCAUCAUGCAACCGACUCUGGGCGGCCUUCCGCCUCUUCUGAUUAUGGUCGGUGGCGGCGAGCUUCUUCGCGAUGAACAGAUCCAUCUUGCGCACAAAUGUGCGGAUCCGGCAAAGUAUGCGCCCAGCGCAGACACGCUCGACGAGCAGACGCGGGCUGCCAUAGCCCAACACAAGCCCACAGACGUCCAGCUGCAAGUCUGGGACGAUCUCUGCCACGUGGCUCCGACACUGAGCUUCACGCGCCCGGCAAAGUACAUGUUCCGGUCGAUUGCCCAGUUUGGCGUCUGGGCCCUUGCACGAGCCCAGAAGACGGAAAUGGAACUUGCGGAAGACGACCAGAUCUCGGUCAUCUCCACGUCCGGGUCCGAUUCAGACACUGCGAGGGGGAGCGAAGUCCAGAGCAGCGGGAAAGACAGCGCGAAGAGCAAGCCGGAGUCGAGCUGGGUGCAGGUCGGCAAGGCAGGCGAUCCGCUGCCGCCGUUCAAGGCACACAUGAUCCGACAGUCGGUCACCCGACACGGCGACGUCUUUCCGCUGGCAGCGGCCUCGCAGCUGCCGGGAUGCACCAUGGCCAUCGAGUCUGUCGGCAUUGUGAAGAAGGGUCCUGUGGGUAAGUGGCUGCAGGCAAAUCAGCAAUGGGGCAACCGAUACUCCGGGGACAUUGCCAAGGUGCGCAAGAGGCGCCUACGGGAUGCUGCGGUGGGAUUCGAGUCGUUUGGGCCGGGAGAAUGUCCACCUCCAAGCGCACUCGCCGGCAGACGGAAGAUCGGCGCUGUCAUGGCGGAGAAGAAGCCACCAGGGCGCAGUCACGGACUUGCUCUGUGGUCCAUGUGGGGAUCGAAGCACGACGAGACGACGGUGGCGCGACAGCUUCAGGCAGGCGAGAAAGCAGAGACGCUGACGGACAAGGCAACACGGCCCCGAGACAGAAUCCACAGUCGAUCUCGACGCCGUGUCGUCCACGAUGAGAGCCAGGCCGAACAGGCCGAACAGACCGAAAAGGCCGAGCAGCACGACGACGCCAGCAGUGGUCCCAGCGACGAGAACACGCCUCUGGCUGGGCUGCUUGCCCUCCGAAAGGCGGAAAAUGCGAAAGCCGAGGGGGUUAAAUGUGGCACAGAGCAGGCGGCCACGGGACCCGAAGGAGCAGCAGGAGCAGAGAUGCUGUCGCCUAACCGUGAUCCUGCUACGGGAGUCGCAGGAAAGCGGCCGUUUCUCGGCGGCAUCGCCCUGCCAUUCUCGCUGAACAAGAACGCAGAGACGGCGAGCAUGGUCACGCUCCAGUCUGUCGACCCGUUGACGUCACCGUCAUCAAAUAGGAACAGCUGGUUUACCGGCCAUCCGACAUCACCGCUGGCCAACGAGUUCAAGAACGGUGAGGGGGGUGAGGGCUUGGCAGCGAGACCACCGAUAGAGUCAUAUGUCACAGCAAGUGACGUUCGAGCGGCAGUCGCUCAGACGGCAUAG